AUGGCUGGUAUGCUUCCAGGAGUAGAGCUUGCUAGAAGGAGGAGGACUAGUCAUCAUUUCUUUGACAGUAAUUGUCGGGAUUCUACUCGUCAUCAACGAAUUGAUACAUCUAGUACUAUGGAUGAAGCUGCUCAUAAAGCUCGUCGCAGACUCGAAGAAAAACUCCGUGGUCUUGCUCCUUCUUCCAGAAGGAAUACAGUACUCCAUACUAACAAUAACAACAACAGUAAUGAAGGAAGAAGCUCUAGACCUGCAAAAGAAGUUGGAAAGGAAGUAGUGGUAGUAGGAACAAAGUUUGCACAAUUGGAAAGAAUGAAUUCACAUAGAGAAGUUUGUUCCAUUUGCUUAGAAGAAUUUGGGACUCAACGACAGGUUAUGCACUUGCCCUGUUUUCCUAAAUAUCAUUCAGACUGUCUUCAACCAUGGCUCACUAAUCAUUCACAUUGCCCUUACUGUAGAACCCAAGUCCAUCCCCAAUCUCUACCUUGA